CACGUGAUUUUAUGUGGAGGGAACUUUAAAGCUACGAUCAUCUCCCGCGAUAUACGCCCGGCUUAAUAACCAACACACCAAAAGAUUUUUUUCUGAAACCUUGCAAGAUGAUGUCUUCAAGCCAUGUCGUUGCUUCACCACAAAUUGGGUCAACUUCCUCAAAAGGACAAAUUCAGCUUAUAAUAGGACCAAUGUUUUCGGGAAAAACCACAGAGUUGAUGAGGAGAUUAAAACGAUAUCAAAUUGCCAAUUACAAAUGUCUUGUUAUCAAAUAUUCCAAGGAUGACCGAUAUGAAAAAGAAGGGCUUGCCACACACGACAGACAAACCUUGCCAGCAGUAGCUGCAGAGAGACUGGCCGAUAUGGAAGUUUUAAGUGAAGGGUACAACGUCAUUGGUGUUGAUGAGGGACAGUUUUUCCCAGAUGUGGUGUCGUUUUGUGAUGAUAUGGCUGAGAAUGGUAAAAUUGUGAUAGUAUCUGCUUUGGAUGGGACAUUCCAGAAAAAGGGCUUUGGUGAUAUUUUGAAUUUGGUACCUUUGGCAGAAAGUGUAAUAAAGCUGUCAGCAGUGUGCAUGACAUGUAAUAGUGAGGGUUCAUUUACCAAGAGAAAAGGACAAGAAAAAGAGGUGGAGGUGAUUGGUGGGGCAGACAAAUAUCUGGCUGUGUGCCGGGCAUGCUUCCAGUCUCCAGUCAAGACGUCGGACAAGGAGAACUGUACGCCAACAGUUAUACUGCAACAAUCCUCAGAAAAAAUGCUGGCCAGUCGUAAACUUUUCCCCUUGGUGUCAAAUAGAAUGAACAUCCAUUAACCUCAGUCAUAUCCGGACAUCGAUACUCAGUACUCAGCAGGAUUAUUUAUAUUGAUUGAAGGAUUUCAUCACAAAAUAAUAUAAAACCUAAUAUUUCUCAAAAGUUGUCAAGUCUGAAGGCGAGUGUGUUAUCAUAGUCCCAUUUUACCCCAAGAUACAUUUACUGAAAGGAUGCGAGUUGUGAAAUGCGUUUUAGAUUAAGUGGAAUUGAAAUGUAACAAAAACAAGUGCCAAACUAUUGAUGAUAUCUGUGAAGGUUAUUUUUAACGGAACAUUCUGAUAUUUUACAUCAGAUGUGAACACACUUUGAUAAAAUGUAUAUAUUUUUAUGAUUCUGUAAAGUGUUUCAUUUUCUGUAUGAAUUAUUCUUUUAUUCAGAUGUAGAUUUUUAACUUAUGUUAUAGCCCCAUCAGAAGAUCAAGUGGUAAUCAUUUAAUAUUCAUCUUGUUCAUGCAGGUAUAUCUGCAUCCAGUUGUAAUAAUUUUUUAGGGUCAUACAUCCUCAAGUAUUUUUAUACAGGUUGGUUGUAUUUUCAUGCAAAUCAAACUUUUUUUAUAGAUAAAAGCGCAAUACAUUCAAAAUACACCUUAGUUAUCAGUAUUUUCCACACCCACUGAAUAUCAUUCAAAGAAAAAAGGAUUUAAGGCCUCAAUUUUUUGCCUUUUUUAAUGGAAACAUCAGACAAUAAAAUAUGUAGUAUACUUCCUGCAAAUAAAUGUAACUAGGACUCUGUGACCUAUUUCCCAAUCACCUGAGAAAUAAACAAAAUGUAUCUUAAAUAGUAUUACCUUUUUCACAAUUUUCAUAGAAAAUCAUGGAACUUUGUAAAUAGAUCAAAUUGUGUCACAAUAAGGUAUUACAUAUAUAUAUAAUACCAUUAUACUUUAGUAUGAUAUUUUGACUACAUUUUUUUAGUUUAACUCCAUCAAGUAUCUUAUUUAUUCUCACCCCUCUUUCACCUGGAACUUCGAAUUCGGGUAGGAGCAGUGGUAUUUAUUGAGCAUUGCUUUAGUGUUGCAACUAGUUUUAAACAUUUCAGCCCUUUUAAUGCAGCUGUUUUUUAAGAUGUGCUAUUUUGUACUGUUUCAAACCAUGCUGUUUGAAACUAGAGCAAUAAAUAUAAGCAUGAA